UGGGUCUGAUAAAGACCACGCCCAUAAAUCAAAAUGGCUGCCUUCAAACUAGACAGAGCUGCUGUGUUGAAAUCUGCUGAAGGACUUAUUGACUUUGUUAAUAAAGGACCCUCUCCUUAUCAUGUUGUUGAGGAAUGCAAGAGGCAGCUGAUGGAGAGGAAUUUUACUGAAUUAAAAGAAAAGGAGUCAUGGGAGAUCAAACCUAAUGGAUUGUAUUUUGUCGUUAAUAAUUUCUCAACUAUUAUUGCGUUUGCAGUAGGUGGUCAGUAUAAGCCUGGUAAUGGUUUCAAUGCUGUUGGAGCCCACACUGAUAGUCCCUGCCUUAAAGUGAAGCCAAGGUCUAAUCGCUCACGCUGUGGUUACCUCCAGGUUGGGGUCGAGUGUUACGGAGGAGGGAUAUGGCACACCUGGUUUGACAGGGACUUGACAGUUGCUGGACGAGUUGUUGUUCGUUCCAGCGAAGGUUUGGAGCAUAAACUGGUUCAUAUCAAGAAGCCAAUCCUUUGUGUCCCUAAUGUCUGCAUUCAUCUUGCUCGUGAUGAUCAUCUCAAGUUUGCUCCUAACAAGGAGAAUCACAUUCUGCCAGUUUUAGCUACUUCAACAAUGCAGGAGCUUCAGAAGCCGAUAGAUGUAUCUUCAUGUCCAGCUGGGUCUGUGGCACGUAACCACACCCCUCAUUUGAUAACGCUCCUGUGUAAAGACCUCUCGUGUAGUCCUGGAGAUGUACUUGAUUUUGAUCUCCAUCUUGCCGACACCCAACCAGCCACGGUAGGAGGUGCUCUGGAUGAGUUUAUUCAUGCCCCAAGACUUGACAACUUAUUCAAUUGCUACACUGCCCUACAGGGCCUGUUUGAUAGUCUCCCUUCACUUGCUGAAGAGACUAAUGUUAGGAUGGUAGCAAUGUUUGAUAAUGAAGAGGUUGGGUCUCAGAGCGCUCAGGGGGCGGGGUCAUCUCUGCUUGAAUUUAUAAUGAGAAGAAUAUCAAAUGGAGGAUCAGCUGUAGCUUUUGAAGAAUCAAUUCCAAAAUCAUUUCUUGUUUCCGCUGAUCAAGCUCACGCCAUUCAUCCUAAUUAUUCAGAGAAACACGAGUAUAACCACACCCCUUUCCUUCAUGGUGGUCCUGUAUUGAAACUUAAUGCUAAUCAACGCUAUGCUACAACUGCCAUUACUGCUUCCAUCCUCAGGGAAAUAGCUAAGAAAGCUUCAGUACCAUUACAAGAGGUGGUUGUUCGUAAUGAUAGCAGCUGUGGAUCAACCAUUGGUCCUAUACUAUCAGCAAAGCUAGGACUAAGGACAGUUGAUAUUGGCAGCCCACAGUUGAGCAUGCACUCAAUCAGAGAGAUGGCCUGUACUACUGGAGUCCUCCAAUCAAUUCUUCUUUAUACAAGUUAUUUCAAUAACUUCACGACACUUGAUGCCAGUAUCAAGUACUGAUCAUGAUUGAUUCCUACUACCUCUUAUAGUAGUGAAGGAUGAUGAACUAACUUUUUUAUAAUUAUUGUUAAAAGGAAUUUAUAAGCUACUCCUAUUGCUGUUCAUAAUUAUUGUUUGGUAUAAAUCUGUAAAAGGCAA